CAGCAGCAGCAGCAACCGUAAGUGAAGCUUUAGAUCUGAUCGCAAGCAAACAAUAUACUCACCUCUAAAACCCAUGCUUACGAAACUUAAAAGCGUGAAUAUGUGCAGGCCAAGUCUGAGCUCUUUCACCUUCAAAUCCAGCCAUCCCUUUGGAAAGCUCCCUCACGCCCAGCAGAUAUCUUUCAAGAGCAGCAACACUUUUCCGCCGACGAGCGUUGGCACCAGAUCCGGCUCCCCUCUGCUGGUUCUACCAUCGAGACCAGUUCUACGCAGCCGCUUCCAGACGAGCAGAUCAAAAGCACGCACCCCACCUCCAGUAAUCUGGGACGAGCCGCCGCCUCCAGAAAUUUUCCUGCGAGCAACCAAGAACCCAAGAUCGCUCUUCAUCCCGCCGCAAGCAAACGAGCACGAAACUCCGGUGGAACCAUCGUCACCACCGUUAAGUAUGCCCGAGAGCAGUGAACCGGGUCCGAGCAACCAAGUAGCGGAACCAGAAGCAGAGCCAUUCGUGCCAACACCCAAGGUGACGGGCUCAGACUACUACAUCCAGCCCAGCCCGGAGGAGAUCCGAGAGCGCCACCUUUCCACGCCGGGAGGAUACUGCCACCGAGUUGACAACUUUGUAGUCGGGCGCAAGCAGCACGGGGAGAUCCGCUUCAUCGGCCGGACAGAUGUGCGAGAGCUGGACGUGUGCGACGCUGUCCAGUUCGACAAGAACCAGGUGAUUGUCUACAUGGACGAGAGCAAAAAGCCUGGCGUGGGUGACGGGCUCAAUAAACCAGCUGAAGUUACUCUGUUUAACAUCCACUGGAACGACAAUCUAGACGGCCAAGAACAGCAAGAGCAGCAGCAGCAGCAGUUCGAGAUGAUGCUCAGGGAUGAAUCCGAGAGGCAAGGCUCCCACUUCAUUUCUUACGACGCAGCGUCGGGGGAAUGGAAGUUCCUGGUUGAUCACUUCAGCACAUUCGGACUGCAAUGCAAAACGUUGGCUACAUAGAUUCAUCGAGGACAACAAAAAUUAGGAGCGAAACCUGGAAGUCACACUGGCUUCAGCGCAGCGAUUUCUUCGGCAAGAUUGUGAGCCUUCUUCUCGAUGCCUUCUCCCAACGUAAAGCGUUCAAACCUCCGGACGCGGAUGUUCUCGCCCAAGCUCACCGUCUUGGCUUGCAGCACAUCUUUGACGAGCAUGGUGUCGUCCUUGAGAUACGGUUGCUCAAGCAGGGCUCUCUCCGCCAGCAGCUUGCUCAGGCGCCCCUCGACAAUCUUGGCACGAAUCUGCUCGGGCUUGUUCUGCAAGUCGUCCCUUUGCAUCUCAAUCUCGCGUUCCUUGUCCUUGAUGUCAGCUGAUAUGUCGUCCACAGACACGUACUCCACCUGCGGGCAAGCGACCAGUUGCAUCGCCAGAUCGUCGGCCAGCUCCUUAAACACUGUGUUCCUCGCCACAAAGUCCGUCUCACUGUUGACCUCCACCAGCACGCCGAUACGUGACGCAUGAA